AUGAAAGAAACCCUUAAGGAAGACGAGUCAAAUUGGCCUCAUGCUACCAAGAAGGCCCAUUUACCUGUUAUAUUUGGACGCACAGUAGAUAGCCAACUGCAUUUGUUGAUUGAUUAUGUGCUGAGGGAUUUUGUGGCCCGUUGGCUAAAGGAGUUCUCUCACAAACCAGAACCAGUGUUGGACAAGUUCAAGGAACAUGUCUGGGGAGGUGUUCAGAACUUGUAUGAGAGGCUGUUACGUGUUGAUGCUGAAAAACUCAUAGCAAAUGAUAUGGUGACCAAAAUCACUCAACAUUUUGAAAGAAUAAGGAUUGCAAGGAGCUGUGCACUGGAAUUGAACCAACCUCCAGUGUUUGCCCUGGCUCCCCAUCUGACGUCUAGUGAAACAGAGUUGCACUAUCUGAGACAGAUAAGUGAACUGAUUAUCAUGUUUCUAAUGCCAAGGUGCUAUUCUUUGUCUCCUGCAUCUCACUUGAUGAGAGAAAUACUUUCUUGCAAAGUUCUCCAGCCAGCAAUAGAUCUGGUCACAGAACCAGACUAUAUAAAUCAGAAAAUAAUACAGUAUUUGGAAGCUCAAAAGGAAGUGGAUGCUAUGCACGUAAGGACUCAUGAGUACGCAAAAACAUUUGAGGAUUAUAUACGGUUGAUCAACAGCUGUAAUAAUGUCGACACUCUGAAACGGUUACGAUAUGACAUAGUCACCCAAAUUAUGCAAGCAACUACCCUUCAGAACGUAAAACGAGCAAAAGGCGUGGACAUUGAAGUAAUAGAAAAAAGUGGCGCACAGAAUAUCAGCCGUCAACAAAUAGCCGAUGCUAAAAAACUCAAGCGAUACAUAAAUCAACUGACUAUCGCCAAAGCAGAAUGUGAAACUGCGCUUAGGAAACUGGGAUGGGAUGGAGCUUUUCCUACAGUGGAAUCUGAUAGUAAGACUAUACCACUGCAUAAAAUAAUGGAGAGCGUAACAGGGCGACGGUAUCUAUCAACGUUCUUGGAGACAAUGUGCUCCCAGGGCCUGGUAGGCUUCUGGAGUGCAGUUGAAGAGUUGCGACACAGCCCUAGGAGCAGCUGGCAUCAGCUUGGGGCAGAAAUAUUCUAUACUUAUAUUAGGUCACCCAGUGCAGAGAUUAAAGUUGAUAAGGAUACAAGAAAAAGAAUGGAGGGGUUUCUAUUAGGGGACAACGGUCCAGACGUAUUCUAUGAAGUUCAAGACACGGUGGUGGACACGAUACAAGAGAAAUAUUAUCAUUCUUUCCUCAUGAGUGAUCACUACAGAGCAUUUAAUGCUGAAUUGGCAACAGAGGAGGCAAAUAAAGAUAUGAGUUCGGAGAGAUCACCAAUAGAAGACCGCCAGUUAUCAAACGAGUCGGUAUCAUCAGCUGAGAGUGUCGCUGGCACGUUACACCUCACUGAACAUUCCACUUACGCUAGAAGAAAACUUGAUGAGCUGCAAGAACGACAUAAUAAUAAAAUACAAGCGCUAGCGGCUCUACGUGCCUCUUUGAAACCGGAGUCCCCAGCAUUAUCGAUGUUGGCGAACGAAGUAGAGAAGCUAGCUGGGGAGCAGAUGCGCUUGGAGGCACACUUGGCCAGAACUGACACAUGGGCAGAACAUCUGGGCAGGUGGCGGGCCACCGUGCACAGUGCUGAUAUAAUAGACGAGUCAAAACCACCACAGUUUGUCAUAGUUGUACAUAUGGCGGAGCAGGAAUCUACGAGCAACGAUGACAGGCCGGAACAAAUCACUACAGGCUGGGUGCUACUAAGAACAUUGAACGAAUUUCAGGAUCUUCAUCGAAAACUUCGGCCUAUGUGUGCAGAGUUAAAAAAUUUAGAACUACCGUCAAAUUCUUUUAAGUUUUUAUUUGGAAAGAACGACAAAAACAAUCUCGAAAAGGCAAAAAUUUUAAUACAAAAAUACUUAGAAUUUGUGUUAGAAGAUGAUAGACUAAACCAAAGUGAAGCUUUAUACACAUUUCUGAACCCAAGUUCGGAAUAUUUAAAACAGGGCGAUUUACCAAAGAAAAAUAAAUUCUCAUUUUCUACUUUAUUUAAGAGCACAAGCAGUGAAGCAACAAGUAGGACGUCACAGGAGAAGGAGGCGUUCACUCACUUAUCGGCCGAUGAAGACGAAAUGUCUUUAUACUUAGAUGGAAACGGCGGUGAUGGUACUAUUAAAAAUAUGACUAAUUCCCUGCGCGGAGCGGGCGCUAUAGCUGAAGAGAGAGACAGUAUAGCCGAGCCUCUUUACUCUUUGCUGAGCGAAGUAUUUGACAUGCGGGGCGUGUUUAGGUGGCUCAGGAAAACGUUGGUCACGUUUGUACAGAUCACAUAUGGGAGGACUCUUAAUAGGCAAAUUAAAGAAACAGUAUCUUGGCUGUUCUCCGAACAAAUGUUGCAUUACUAUAUCAGCGUCGUUCUCAAAUCCUGGUGGCCAGGUGGAGUGCUUUCAAAUAAUACUUCCAACAGGAAUUUUCAAGAUAAAGAGCACACCCGCACGCUGGCGCUGCAGCAGCUGAGCGAGAGCGUGCUGCACGCGCUGUCGUCGCUCGUGGGCGCGCAGGCCGCGGCGAGGGGCGCGCACAAGCUGUUCCACACGCUGCAGAAUACUACACACAACAAACAACUCUUCUAUUAUGAUAACGCGACUACCCACCAAGUGUGA